CCGUCCUCUCUCUUUCCUCCCUCUCGCCACCAUCCUCCCCUCUUCAAUGGCAACCUCCUCCUCCUCCUCCUGCGAUAUCAAGUGCUAGAUUGUGAAGAGGAUUAGGAAUUCAAAUCGAAGAGAGAUGGAGAAGCAGCCGCCAUCGCCCUCGCUUUCCCUGCAGGAGUGGGAGACCCUCCUCGACGACUUCGGUUCCGGCUCCCCCGCCCGCUGCGCCCGGUGGCUGCCCCUCCCCCUCCUCGACCUUGCACUCAACGCUUUCCUCCGCCGCGACUUCGCCUCCCACCUCAAGCCCCUCCUCCUCCUCUUCAUCGACGACCUCCUCUCCUCACCUACAUCUGCCCCACCCCCCUCCGACUCCCUUCCCCCUCUAAUCGACGCCCUCCGAUCCCUCCUCCUAUUCUCGUCCCCCUCCGCUUCCGACCCUUCUCCCGCUCCCGCCGCCGCCCUCCUCCGCGACCAGUUUAUGGCCACCGCCGUCUCCGCUGCAGUCUCCUCCCUCGACGCCCCACUCGACGCUUCCUCCGCCGCUCUCCUCGAGCCCCUCGUGGAAGCCCUCCUCACAGUCACCAACCGCCCGAAUCACGGUCCGGACCGCCAGUCCCGCGCCGCUGCCUGCGAGUGCCUCCGCGAGCUCGAGUCCGCCUUCCCUUGCCUCCUUGCCGACGCCGCCGGCCACCUCUGGGCCCUCGCCCAGGCCGAGCGCACCCACGUCGCACAAAGCUACCUUCUUCUCCUCGCCACUGUCGUCCGUGACAUUGUCCUCCGCCCUGGUCUUCUCUCCUCCCCAACCUCUAUCCUCUCCACCUUCGUCCCCCUCGUGCCCUUUAGUGCCCCUAGCUGUUUCUUGUCUCACCAUUCUGCCGAUCGUGACCGCGAGCCCUCGGAGGUGAACCUGAGGGAGAUCAAGCGGGUUCUGGGGUUCCUCUGGGAGCGGCCGCAGGCCCUGACACCGGCCGCCACCAUGGAGCUGGUCUCGAUCUUGACCAGCAUCGCUGGCGCGCUGGAGCAGCACGUGCCGACGGGCGGGGCGCUCCUGAAGGUGCAGUUCUCUGGCCUGAUUUACUCGUAUCACCCAAUCCUCUGCCAUAUCGUUCUCAUGCUCUAUUCCGGCUUCCCAGAUGCCUUUGCUGGCGAGGACGAGCGCAACAUCGCUCGCCGCCUCGCCCUUAUGGCCAGAGAAGCCCACCAGCCCCUCGUGUUUCGUCUUCUCGCGCUCCACUGGCUGCUGGGCUCGCCUAGGCUUGGCAAGGGAAAGGACUCGCUUGCUCCCUUGGCGCCCAGAUUUUACCCUGGGGUUUUUGAUCCUCUGGCUUUGAAAGCCAAGAAGCUCGAUGCUUUAGCGUGCAUUGCAGCGAGUUUGGAUACUUUGGAAAUGAGAAGAAAGGGGGAGGAGGAUGGUCGAAGGGCCUUGAUAGUGAAGCUCUUUCAGGAUGGGUUGGUUUGCAUCUCUGCUUACAAGUGGCUACCGCUGUGGAGCACAGAGACCUCGGUUGCCUUUCGGAUGCUUCACAAGUUCUUGGUUGGAGUCAUCCCACAUCGUGACGAUUGCUCAGAGGAACCUCAGCUUGUUUUUCUCAUGGAUUCCACCAUAUUCAGCACCCUUCAGAGUAUGUUGGUAAAUUUGGCAUUGGAGCACCACGGUUUGGUUCUGGUCAUUGGCAUUUUUAUCGACCAACUGUUGAAAUGCAAGGGUCACCAGUCCGUAGGGGAGCGACUGCUCCAGAAACUUGAUGAGCAUUUGCUUCCGAAACUUGAGAUGGGAUACCGGUUGACUUCUUAUUUUCCCAUUUUUGAGAGGAUUGCUGAGAAUGAUACCAUUCCACCCCAUGGUUUGUUAGAGUUACUUAUGAGGCAUAUUGUUUCUAUAUCAGUGAAACAUGGACCAAACUCAGGGUUGAGUUUAUGGUCUCAGGGGACUAAAGUGUUGGGUAUCUGCAGGAUGAUGCUUAAGCAUCACCACAGCUCAAGGAUUUUCCUUCCUUUGUCACGCCUUCUAGCAUUUAUUUGCCAAUGCUACCCAGACUUAGAAGUUCGUGACAAUGCAAGGAUCUAUCUGCGGAUGCUUGUCUGCAUUCCUGGGAAGAAGCUAAGGCAGGUGCUGAAUCUUGGUGAAGAGCCUUCAGGAGUCUCACCAUCUCCUCACCCAGGCUCACUUUUCCAAGUUCCAUCACCUCGCCACUCGGAAAACAUCAAAAAGUCAGGCAGUGUCUCUUCUUAUAUUGAUCUUGAAAGGGUUGUUCCACUUAUUGUGAAACAGUCAUGGUCAUUAGUUAUACCGAAAUCAAACAUGGAAGAUAACACGGAAGCAAGUAAUGUUGUAGGUAUAAGUGAUAUCAGCAUUUCUCCUUCUGCAGAAUCAGACAAGGAUGGUGAAAUGAACUUUGAACAAAUAAGUUAUAUUAAGGAACCACUGAGAGUGAUGGAUGCAAAUGUGGCAGAAAUUCUGGGAGUCCUCCGGAAGCAUUUUUCAUGUAUUCCUGACUACCGACACACGUCUGCAAUUAAGAUUAGAAUACCCUGUACACUAAGGUUUGAGUCUGAACCAUAUAGCCAUGUCUGGGGAGAUGGUUCAUCUACUUUUGAUUCAGAAGAGGGGGAGACUUUGCCUGCUAUGUAUGCAACUACUAUCACAUUUUCAUCAACAGCUAAGUAUGGCAAAAUUCCACCAUGUCGGGUACCUUUUCUUCUCGGUGAACCUUUGAGAAACAGAUAUGAUAUCGUACCUGCGGGCAACAGCUUUGAGGAGGGCUCAAGUCAUCGUGCUUCAGUAAAUAUAGAAUUGGAACCUCGUGAGCCAAUGCCAGGUCUUAUUGAUGUUACUAUCAAGGCAAAUGCAGAGAAUGGGGAAGUUAUUUCCGGAAGGCUACAGAGCGUUGCAAUUGGCAUUGAAGAUAUGUUUCUUAGGGCUAGUAUACCACCUGAUAUUGAAGAGGAUGAGGUGCCUGGAUACUAUUAUGAUCUGUUUCAUGCACUAUGGGAGGCUUGUGGUAAUUCUGCAAGCACAGGACGUGAGACGUUCCCUCUUAGUGGAGGUAAAGGUGCUGCAGCAAUUCAUGGCACACGAUCUGUGAAACUUCUGGAAGUAUUUCUGGAUUCUUUGAUCAAGAAUGUUGAGAAGCACCUGGCUUCAUAUGUUGUGAGUGUCACUGGCGAUCCACUGGUGAAUAUCGUAAGGAACAAUGGAAUUAUUAGAGAUGUUGUGUGGGAAAAUGAUGCUGAAGCUUUUGUUGUUCAUGAUGUUAAUGCGCUGAUGCCAUAUUCUGAAAAUGUACCUCUUCAGCUCCCAUAUUUUGAUGAACAGGGUGAUGCAGAGAAUCUUUCACCUGUCAGUAAGAGGACAAUUGGUACCUUUAUUAUUUUGAUAUUCCUACCACCCAGAUUCCAUCUCCUUUUCCAGAUGGAAGUAGGACAUUCAUCAACGUUGGUACGAAUAAGAACUGAUCAUUGGCCAUGUCUUGCAUAUAUUGAUGAGUACUUGGAGUCAUUGUUUUACACAUAGAAGGAAACAAACACAAGGACAUAUUCUGGAGUGCUACAACGAUUCUAUCUUGGCAAGCUUUGUCCUCUUAAAGAACUUUAUUCAUCAGCUUGACUGAACGAACACCCGUUUUAAAUCCUAGGCCAAGUAGAGCUGCUGGAGGCAUCAAGGAAGUGAAUUUGGGAGUGAGACUUGAUUCUCCAAAGCAAGAAUCUGGAUGGAGUAUACCACUUGUAGUUGAGAAAGGUGAGAGGAACUAAAGUUGGAUCUUUUGAUUGUAAAUAAUGUUAUUUAUUCAUUUGGAGGAUGUACUUGUUCAGUGUUAUUUCCUUUGGAAUGAGUCAUAACUUGAUCUUGUUUCCUUUAUUCCUCAUAUUAUAUUUAGGUUUUUGGUCUUUGCAA